AUGAACUCAAUAACUGGACAAGGACAAACAUCAUGCAGAAACCACGAGGAGGACUUUGGGGAGCCAAUUGCUAUCAUUGGUAUGGCAAUGCGGCUACCAGGCGGUGUUCGAUGUGGAGAUGACUUUUGGGAAAUGCUCGUGAAUAAACGAGAUGGCUUUUGUGAAGCGCCUCCCUCGCGCUGCUCUCGAGAGGCGUCUAGCAGCGUCGAUUGUGGAGAUCUGAGCGAAACGAAAAAGGGGUUCUUUUUGCAAGAAGAUCCAGGUUGUUUUGACAAUUCCUUCUUUUCUGUCCCUCCCCACGAGGCGGCGCGCCUGGACCCUCAGCAACGGCUCUUGCUGGAGGUGGUUUGGGAGUGCCUGGAGAACUCGGGGGAGACUAAGUGGCGCGGUGAGAAAAUCGGUUGCUUUGUUGGCGUUUUUGGCGAAGAUUGGCUAGAGAUAUCGCAUAAAGAUCCCCAGCAUUUGACGCAGAUAUUUCCUAUCGCAACCGGUGGUUAUGCAUUAGCAAACCAAGUGUCGUAUCGAUUUGAUCUCCUAGGUCCGAGCAUGACCAUCCAGACAGCUUGCUCUUCAUCCCUGGUCUGCCUGCAUGAGGCCUGUCAAGCACUCAGAUCAGGAGAGUGCACAACAGCUCUGGUGGGCGGGACGAGCCUUAUAUGGAGCCCAACCAUGACAGAUGCCAUGACCAAAAAUAUGGUUUUGUCACCAAGUGGUAUCUCUCAUACUUUUGAUGCUGAGGCAGACGGCUACGGUCGUGGUGAAGGGAUCAACUGCAUAUAUCUCAAACCUUUACGCGACGCGCUUCGGGACAACGACGCGAUCCGCGCCGUCAUCCGCUCCACAGUGAGCAACCACGAUGGCAAGACCCCUAACUUUUCUCAACCAUGUCCAAUAUCUCAGGAAAGGUUGAUUCGUCACGCGUAUCGGAUUGCGGGGAUUGACGCGAUACAGGAAACACCUGUUUUUGAAUGUCAUGGGACUGGAACAGCCGUCGGCGAUGUCAUCGAAGCAUCAGUUGUUGCAAAGAUGACCCAAGGAGAAGCGACAUAUAUCAGUGCUGUCAAACCAAAUGUCGGCCACUCAGAGGGUGCCUCCGGCAUCACUAGCAUCAUCAAAUCAAUUUUGUCACUUGAACACAAGACCAUCGCACCCAAUAUCCAUUUCAAAACACCGAAUCCCCAAAUUCCAUUCACCGAGGCAAAUCUCCAUGUCCCCCUAGAACCAACUCCGUGGCCUGCUAGCAGGCCCGAAAGGAUCAGCGUAAAUUCGUUCGGUAUUGGCGGAUCCAAUGCCCACGCUAUUCUGGAGUCCGCCUCUUCGGUCUCUCCAAAGCCCCAACCCACAUCGCUUGGACUUUGCAGCCCGCAGCUCCUGGUUCUGUCUGCGCAUAAUGCAGACACUCUUCGCAAGCGUAUCAGCCAGACCACCGACUAUGUAAAGAAUCACUCAGACCGCCUGCAUGAUCUUUCGUUCACUUUGGCUGCGCGAAGAUCACAUCUUUCCCACCGGGCUUUCGCUGUGGUGCAGCCGAGUAAUCCAGCGAUAGAUGAUGCGGCAUUUUCGAUUUUUAACACCAGUUCCCCAAAUGUCACCUUCGUGUUCACAGGUCAGGGUGCUCAAUGGCCCGGGAUGGGGCUAAAGCUCUUGUCUGAAUUCCCAACAUUCAAGGAAGAUAUCAAAAGAAUGGAUGAGGCACUGCAGCAGCUACCUGAUCCCCCGAAUUGGUUAUUAUAUGGUCAGAUUGAGGGUUCUACCCCUGAAGUUACGAGAAUAUUUUCACUAACGUACCUUCCAGAUGAACUAAGCCAAGAGAGUUCAAUUUCUCGAGUCCACGAAGCCGAGUUCUCUCAGCCUCUCUGUGUUGCGCUUCAAAUUGGACUAGUAAAUAUUCUUCGGGGCUGGGGAAUCGAGCCAUCUAGAGUUGUCGGGCAUUCAAGCGGAGAGAUUGUGGCCGCAUAUGCUGCCAGAGCUAUUUCUAUGAGAAGUGCUAUCGUUAUAGCAUACUAUCGAGGCAAAGUCGCUAAACCGCUAGAAGGCUUAGGCGCUAUGGUGGCCGUUGGCCUUUCCCCGGACGAAGUGGCACCGUACUUGACACCAGGAGUGGUUGUGGCCUGCCACAAUAGUCCGCAUAGUGUCACCCUGUCAGGGGAUAAAGACUCGGUUGACGAUGUGAUCAAAAACAUUAAGACGGCAAAUUCAGAUACACUCUGCCGGCGGCUUACAGUUAAAAUCGCCUAUCAUUCUGACCAGAUGAAACAGAUUGGCUCUGAAUAUGAACAUUGUAUCUCUAGCCACAUCGAAUAUGAGCAGGAAAUGCUUCCUUUCUGUUCUAGUGUGACUGGCGACACUAUCACCGACCCUCGCAAACUAGAUGCAUCAUAUUGGCGACAGAAUCUGGAAUCACCGGUAUUGUUCACCGAGGCUAUCCAAAGCCUACCUACUAGUGGAACCCCAGUCUUCCUAGAAGUCGGGCCGCAUUCAGCCCUCGCCGCCCCUCUGCGACAAAUCUUCCGGACUCUUGCAACGAAGUAUGACGAGGAUGUCCAAAGACAGCUACUACGGACAGCGGGGCAGGCCUAUGCGAACGGCGUAGGAUUCAAUCUGUCGAGCAUAAUUGAGCCCGGGAAUACGCUGACAGAUCUUCCACCUUAUCCUUGGCAACAUGAUCGCUCCUACUGGAGUGAGAGUCGACUGAGUAGGGAGUGGAGGCAUCGGAAGUUUCCGCAUCAUGAAAUCCUCGGCUCGCGAGUCGUCGAUACGACCGACCAUGAGCCUUCUUGGCGUAAUCUGGUCACGCUGGACGACGUGCCCUGGCUUUUGGAUCACGUAAUCCAAGGGGCCGUCACAUUCCCUGGCGCUGGAUUCGUCGCUAUGGUAGGUGAGGCAGUCCAGCAGCUAUAUCCUGACAACGAUAGUUAUUCGGUGCGCAAUGCGACAUUUAUAACGCCAUUACUGUUCCACGAGGAAGACCAGAUCGAGAUCGUAACUAGCCUCAGUCCGGUCGAAGUGGCUGACAGGGUUCCAUCCGGCUGGUACGGUUUCAAAAUCAUGGCCUAUGACGGAGAAAGAUGGACGAUGCAUUGUCAGGGUCAAGUAAGAGCCGGGUCCGAUCAUCCCCCAGAGCCAUUCCCAAUAUCUUCCUAUAAGCGAGCUUUGCUAUCUGAAAGUGUGUACCGAGUACUUCAAAGGAGCGGUAUAGAUUACGGCCCUCAGUUCCAAGGCCUAGAGAAGAUCACAGCCGAUCCCACUGGACCGAGGGCGACUGCGACUAUUCUGGGUAAUCGCGGGCUGCCUGGGAGCAGGUAUUCGCUGCAUCCCACGGCGAUUGAUCAAUGCCUCCAACUCAUGGGUGUGGCCUGUUCUCAGGGCUUGUUGCGACACCUCACAACAAUUUAUGUUCCGGCUAUGAUAGAUUCCUUGUUCGUCGGACCAGGUGGUCCACCUAUGCCAGCAAGUGCCCGGACCAAGAGCGGUACAAGGGAUGGCCAACUGGGCGAUGUCGUUGCCAUGCUUGACGAUCGGGUGGUGCUCUCCAUUCAAGGAGCUUAUCUUUUUGCCUUGGAAAAUGAUAAUAUAGAUUCUGAAACUGGACCCGCGGGCUCAGUAACCCAUCUUGAGUGGAAAUCGGACAUUGAUUUCUUGCAAUCAUCAGCACUUCUGUCUACGCCACACAAUUAUACAUCACAGGCUAUGAAUAUUAAAGCCUUGGGUCAGCUAUCCGCGCUUUUUGUUCUGGAGACAGCGGAGCAAAUUCGGGAUGUCGACCCAACAUUACCACAUUUCGUAAAGUGGAAGAAAUUCAUCCUGGACGCAGCUUCUAAUAUCAAAACAAGUGGACAACAAUCAAUCUACCCAGAUUCAGCUCAGUGGGCAUUGCUAAGUUCGGCAGACAGACAGGAAAUGACACGGAAAGUGUUAGCCGAAACCAAGUUUACCUUUGAUGCUCCACUUGCAGAUUGCAUGCAGGUUGUCUUCGAUAACUGCAAAGCAUUUAUAUCUGGAGAAAGCAGCCCAUUGGAGGUCCUCAUGAAGGACAAUCUGUUACACCAAUUCCAUGCUGCGCACACACAGUAUGCCGGUUGGGAGCCGUUCCUACCGUUGCUCUGUCAUUCCAACCCAGGCCUGCGAAUACUUGAGAUCGGUGCAGGUACCGGCUCUGCAACUGCCAUGGCUCUAGAGCUUCUCAAAUCCACGAGUGGGGAGCGCAUGUAUAGUCAGUAUGUUUUUACUGAUAUCUCCUCUGGCUUUAUGGCUGCAGCAACGGAGAGAUUCGGUCAUGAGCAGUGCAUUGAAUACACAGUUCUUGAUAUCACCCUAGAUCCCCUCGAACAAGGGUUUGACCCUCAUAGCUUUGACUUGAUCAUCGCUUCCAAUGUUCUCCACGCUACCCCCAGUCUUCACUCCGCACUCACUCAUGUGCAUUGUCUUCUAAAGCCCACCGGUCGCUUCUUACUCCAUGAGAUUAGCCCGGAAAUCUUAAUUGCAAAUUUCACCAUGGGUGUAUUUACCGGCUGGUGGCUAGGGGAGGAUGAUGGUCGAGCAGAGCAACCGUACAUCUCACCCGAGCGGUGGGAUCGGGAGCUACGAGCAGCAGGUUUCACUGGAGCAGAUGUAACAGCUUAUGAUCAAAAGCCGCCAUAUCAUAUAUCUGCCAGCAUGGUGUCACGGCCGGUAGACGAUAUAUCCAUUCCUCCAGAUAUCUGGUUGCUCACAGGAAAUACCCCGUCCCAGUGGGCGAGUGAUGUUGAAUUGCUAUUCCGCGACGAAGGCUACACCACUCACUGGACUACCUUGCACGAAGUCCCACCUAAAGGCAAAUUCAUCGUGUCUCUGCUAGAUCUUGAAGGAGCUCCAAUAGGUUCCCUGCCGAAGAAUGACUAUGAGGUAUUCCAAAAAUACAUAGAGCAAGCGCAAGAAUGCCGAAUCCUGUGGAUCACGCGGUCAACGUCCCACACCUGCCCGGAUCCACUGUUUGGUUUCAUCCAUGGGCUCGCCCGCACUUUACGGGCGGAGCUGUUACUCGAUCUCUCAAUUUUGGAGGUUCCCACGUUGGAUACAGCGGGCGCAAAAGCUGUAAUUCAAGUUUGCGAGCAGAUACAGAGAUCCCGCGCGCACUCCCUUCCUUAUCCAGAGUAUGAGUUUGCAUUGCAUGAAGGCGAGAUUAAGGUCGGCCGAUACCACUGGACACCUCUCGUCGAGCAGCUCGCAAGUCCACCUCGAUCAGAUGCGUCCCGAAAGCUAACUCUCAGCACAUACGGGCUGCUGGAUACACUACAUUGGGCCGAGAAAGAGCCAUCCUAUGAGUUGAAUGAGGGGCAGGUUGAAGUUGAGAUGGACUACGUCGGACUGAACUUCAAGGAUAUGAUGGUUGCAAUGGGAUUUUUCGGAAACAAAGAAGAUCUCGGCCUCGAAGGCAGUGGUAUUGUGCUUCAAGUUGGACCUGAUGUGACGGAUAUCAGGGUGGGAGACCGUGUCAUCUUGAUGCAUUCUGGAGUUCUGGCCUCAAACGUUCUUGUGCCUCAAGAAGCUUGUAUCAAGCUACCGCAGGGGUUGUCGAUGGCAGAUGCGGCCACGAUGUUAACAGCCUAUGUGACUGUUCUCUAUUCACUACUUGAGAUUGGUGCUUUGAAGAAGGGCCAGGCAAGUUACCAUUGUACAUCGUCCGUUCUCAUCCACUCCGCAUGUGGCGGGGUUGGGCUAGCUGCUCUGCAAGUAUGCCGAGCUGUUGGUGCCGAGAUCUAUGCCACGGUCGGCAACGAUAAAAAGGUAGCCCAUUUGAUGGAGCAUUUUGGUUUACCUCGAGAACGAAUAUUCAACUCUCGCAACACUUCCUUCCAGCCGGACCUGAUGCGUGCCACCACUGGACGGGGAGUUGAUGUAGUACUCAAUUCUUUGUCGGGAAACUUACUGCACGCUUCGUGGGAAUGUGUCGCAAAGUUCGGACGGAUGGUUGAACUCGGGAAGCGGGACUUCAUAAGUCACGGAAUACUUAAUAUGAGCCUUUUCGAAGCCAACCGAGGAUUUUUCGGCGUUGACCUUGCACAAGUUUGCAAGGAGACUCCAGAGAUUCUCAAAAGCACCCUGGCAACAUUUUCAGAUUGGUAUCGCCAAGGGAAAAUCGGACCUAUCCAUCCUGUCAAAGUCUUUGAUGCGGUCGACAUUGUCAGUGCAUUUAGGUAUAUGCAGGCAGGCACUCACUUAGGUAAGAUCUUGGUGCGUAUGCCAUCCUCCGUGGACAGUUUGCCUCCUCCUGUCGUUAAAAGAUUCCCGACAUUCCGAUCAGACGCCGCUUAUCUUCUCAUUGGCGGGCUUGGUGGUGUUGGGCGAUCCGUAUCAACAUGGAUAGUCGAGCAGGGUGCGCGAGAGCUCAUCUUCCUCUCGCGGUCAGCUGGCAAAUCUGAGGAGGAUCAAGCAUUUAUUGGGGAACUUGAGGCGCAAGGUUGUCAUGUUAGCUGUGUGCCAGGCAAUGUGACCGAUCUUGAAGCUGUGAAGGGAGCUGUUGCCACGUGCACGCGGCCCCUUGCUGGUGUUCUCCAAAUGGCAGUUGACUUAAAGGAUCGGCUCUUCCUGCAGAUGAGCCACGAGGGGUGGGAGGCCGCGUUGGCUCCGAAAGUCACUGGAACAUGGAACCUUCAUCAUGCCACAUUGCAGCACUCACUUGAUUUUUUCGUCGUGUUUGGCUCAAUUGCCGGGGUAUGUGGUAACACCGGCCAGGCCAAUUAUGCAGCAGCAACUACAUUUUUGGAAGCAUUCACCCGGUAUCGACGACAGCAGGGACUCCCUUCUUCUAUUUUCCACCUCGGUGUGGUUGGAGAUGUAGGUGCCGCAAGUCGGAGCUCCCGGUUCCUCCAGAGAGUACAAUCAAUCGCGCUGCAUGUGCUCCAUGAAGCUGAAGUGAUUGAUGGACUCGCCGCAGCGAUCAAUAUAUCCCCAGUCAGUGAUUCUAACGCGAGUGGGGCGAUUGCAAUGGGACUUGCGCACACGAGGCGCCGCGGUGAUGUCCCCAAGGAAAUAUUCCUCGGUGGACGCGACGCUCGUUUUUUGAUUUAUCCCAACCUCGAGUCUACCAGUGCUGGCAGUGGUGGGGAUCAAUCCUCUCAUGCAAAUGCGUUAAAGGCCCUCCUUGCCCAGAUACAAGCUGAUCCCUCGCUGACGGGAAAGAGAGAGACCGAGGUUGCCUUGAUGAAGGAACUGGGCAAAUUUAUCAGCCAUAAUCUUACAGGGCAGACGCAGGAUCAGGGACCAGAUUCUGCAGAUGACAUUGAGGCAAUGGCGGGCAUGGCAGUUGACUCCCUCAUGGCUAUAGAGGUUAGGAAUUGGCUACGAAGGUCUCUGGGUGUGGAGAUUCCUACAGUGGAAAUCAACCGAGCAGGUACAUUAGGUGGCUUGGUGAAGGUCGUUUUGAAGGGACUUGGGGAGAAAUAUGAUCAGCGUGCUACCUAA